AUGGCCAAGCAGCAGAAUCCCAUCCCCAUGGCGCUGUCGCUGCCCCUCGUCCUCGUUGCGCUGCUCCUGCCGGCCGCCCGCGGCGCCGGAGAGACGCCGCAGUACACGACGGUGCACGCGGAGUCCGACUUCGAGGUGCGGCUGUACCGCGACACCGUCUGGAUGUCCGCCCCCACCCCCGACAUCCCCUCCUUCCACGUCGCCACCAAGCUCGGCUUCCACAGAUUGUUCCAGUACCUGAUGGGCGCAAACCUCAACUCUUCCAGGAUCAGAAUGACCACCCCUGUCCUUACAAGUGUGGUUCCAGGUGCAGGGCCUCUGCACUCCUCAGCCUACUUUGUCCGGUUCUACUUACCAACAAAGUUCCAGGCUUCCCCUCCGGUUCCUCUCCCAGAACUGAACCUGCAUCCAGAUAGAUGGCCAAGCCACUGCAUUGCAGUGAGGAGCUUCUCGGGUUAUGCACGGGACAAGAACGUGGUUGAGGAAGCUGAGAAGCUUGCCGUGAGCUUGAGUCGGUCGCCCUGGGCUAACUCCACAAACUACCCCAGCAAGAGCGCUUACUCAGUUGCACAGUACAGUAGCCCAUUCCGCAUCAUUGGCCGUGUCAAUGAGGUGUGGUUCGACGUCGACUGCAAAUCUACUGGUGUUGAGACGUACUGA